GCGGAAGACUUUGUAACGAUCGGAUCCAAGAAAUUGUGAGGGAAAUCCUCAUAAUCAGACGUGAUUUCGGGGAGGAAAUGGAGGAUGUCUGGGGUAUGAUCGGGGUUGUACCGAACCAUACUAGGCAAGCGAAAUAUCGUAAAUUAUAUAAAAAACUACAAUACACUAGAAAAAUAUAUGAAAUUAAUGAUUAUUAUUUUCCAUAGCCCAGGAAAUUCGAACAAACAUGUGAUUUUCUCGCCUAUAAGAACGGCGGUAGAAGACGUCGAUAACGACGUGGAAAUCAUCCAAAACGAGCAAGUUAACAAAGAAGUGGAGGUAAUCGACAUUUCUGGUGAUAUCGAUGACCCACCAAUUAUCUGGGAACGCUUUCCCGACUAUGUCAUUGAUAUCAACGACCCAGCGAUUAAUUGGGAACAUUACCCCAUUGCCGAGAUUCCGCUCCAGAAACGAGUGACCCCUCCGUUCAUGAUUCACCCUCCAGAAUAUUUUAGAGCACUCGAGACAUUCCGAAAACUAUGUGAAAAAAAAUUUUUCUAAUGUAUCCGUACCUAUGUAGAUACUUUGAUGGGAAAUAAAAAGAGAAACAUUAAUACAUUAAAAAAAAUGUUUAUUUAUAAAGGUUUACAAUUCUCUCCGGGC